CAUGUAUACACAAUAUAAUGUAUAUCACUCUUAGGCUGUUAACAUAGCUCCCAUACAUAACGGAUGAAAGGCAGAAAGGGAAAAAGAGGAGGGCGUCUUACAAUCGCCAAUAGGACCGCUUAUCGAACUUCGAUUAGACCACUUAACGAAGCGGAUCAAUUCAUCAAAUAAAUGGUUCAGCGGCGGUCAUGCGGGCGGGAGUUUCCAUAUAAAAGGAAGCCUGGGUGCUGGAAGGCCAGUGUCAUUUACCAGCAUCACCUCUGCUCUUCAUCUCUCAAGCGUCAUGUCUGGCUGCGCAAUGUGGAUGAUCCUUGCUCUGGCUGCCUCCUGUAGCGUCAUGAGUCUCGCAAGAAUCAUGGAUCCCGGGCACAGCCGCCCUCCCUUCCAGCUGCCUUCGUCGCCUUCGUCUUCGAGUGUUACGGGCGCGGCCUCGGCUCUCCGCCUGGCCAAGCGGGAAACGUUCGACCCAGCGUGCAAGGGCAUCUACAACCGCGCCAUCUGGGGCAAGCUCAACCGGGCGUGCGAGGACUGCCAGAACCUCUUCAGGAAAGAACCGGCCAUCUACGAAGCCUGCAGGGAGAAAUGUUUCGACACAGCAAUCUUCCCUGCGUGUGUGGUCGAACUCUCCCUCAAUCUUAACGAAUACAUGUUCGAAGCAGAGUUAAUUCGCGAGCUUUAAACGGAUGAAGAUAAUGACUUGCAGAUUCACUCGUAAACCAAGAUGUGAAAUGAUGUGAAUAUCGAUAUAUCUAAUACACGUUGGGUAUAUUUGUUUAAUGUAUUGAGAGAAAAUACUAAAAUAUGGUUGUAAUUUAGGGUAAUGAAAGGCCUAUCAAUUGAAAGUUAACUUUAAUUUAUAUGUUCAUUGCCAAAAAAGUUAGACAGUGUAUGACGAAAUGAUAUUUCAAAUAAAGUUACUGUACAAUAAAAUUA